AUGGUUUUCGUUGUCCUCCUAUUCACUUUUCAUUCCACUUCUGUUAUAAAACCUUCCUUCUCUACUUCCCAUCCAAAUAAUCACGCAGUAUCUCUAGAUCAUAAUGAUAAUACUCUUAAUGAUUCAAUAAACAGUAGUAUGCUUAUAGGUCGGAUAAUGGCUUGGGCUUGUGCUGUGUUAUAUUUAACAAGCAGAAUGCCGCAAAUAUGGAAAAAUUAUACGAGAAGAUCUGUCGAAGGUCUUUCCAUAUUCAUGUUCAUAUUUGCUGCACUUGGCAACCUUACUUAUACUUUGUAUAUAUUCACAAAUCCCGAGGCAACUAAAAAUCCCUCUUCUCUUCGUGAAGCUGUUCCUUAUAUACUGGGAUCUGUUGGUACCUUAUCAUUUGAUACUGUCGUAUUUCUUCAAUGGUUAAUGUGGCGUGAUCCCGAACAUCGAAAGUUUCGUCGAAGUAAAAAUUACUCUGAAAGUGACACUGAGCAAGUGCCAAAUGUUAGGAGUAAUCGAAAUUCAAGGACUUUUUAUGAUCAUAGGAGGAGCGAUUAUACUAUAGAUGAUGUUUACCCUUAA